UAGUCGGGGAUGUGAGGGGCGAAGAUUAUGCAAGCCGAGGACUUGACUCUAUACUAUUACGUGAAAAUCGAUUUACAAUUCACUCCACUUUCUCCACACAAAAAAUAGCGUAAUUAAGUGCACACCACAUUGUUUAAACGAUAUACUUCACAAGCGGGAACUGUCAUUGGAAGGUAAAAGAGAGCAAGACAACCCAGAACACAGAAAAGGGCUGGAGAAUGGGGCCUGGGCGGACGAUCUCCGUGGCGGUGCUGGGGUUCACUGUCCUGGGUCUGAUCUCAGGCGUGUUCCCGCUGAACCCUGACGAUCCCAACGUCUGCAGUCACUGGGAGAGCUACGCGGUGACAGUGCAGGAGUCCUACGCCCACCCCUUCGACCAGGUCUACUAUACCAGAUGCACAGACAUCCUCAACUGGUUCAAAUGCACCAGGCACAGGAUCAGUUACAAGACGGCGUACCGUCGCGGUGUGAGGACCAUGUACAGAAGGCGCUCUCAGUGUUGUCCAGGCUUCUAUGAGAGUGGAGACCUGUGUGUCCCUCUCUGUACAGAGGAGUGUGCCCACGGACGCUGUGUGUCCCCCGACACCUGUCAGUGUGAACCGGGAUGGGGAGGACUCGACUGCUCCAGUGGCUGUCAGGCUGACUUCUGGGGCCCCCACUGCAGCAACCGUUGCCAGUGCCAGAACGGGGCCAAGUGCAACCCCAUCACGGGAGCAUGCGUCUGCACUGAUGGGUACCAGGGCUGGCGCUGCGAGGAGCUGUGCGAGGCGGGGCUCUACGGGAAGGGCUGCCAGCUGGAGUGCCGCUGCCUGAAUGGCGCCACUUGCCACCACAGGACCGGGGAGUGCAUCUGUGCGCCGGGAUACACCGGGGCCACCUGCGGUGAGCGCUGUCCCUCCGGUAGUCAUGGCGCCCAGUGUGAGCAGCGAUGCCCCUGUCAGAACGGAGGGACGUGCCACCAUGUCACGGGGGAGUGCUCCUGCCCUGCCGGGUGGAUGGGUUCUGUGUGCGCACAGCCCUGCCCAUUUGGCGCCUACGGUAUCAACUGCAGCCAGGAGUGCCCCUGCCGGAACGGAGGUCUGUGCGACCACAUCAGCGGGCAGUGCCAGUGCACCUCAGGCUACAGUGGGGAGAGGUGUCAGGAUGAGUGCCCUGUGGGUUCCUAUGGGCCUCAGUGUGCCUAUAAGUGUGACUGUCAGAACGGGGCGAGAUGCUAUCACAUCAACGGGGCGUGUCUCUGCGACGAAGGCUUCAAGGGUCCCAGCUGCCAGGACCGGUUCUGUCCCUCCGGACUCUAUGGACUCAUCUGUGACAAAUACUGUCCCUGCAACACCCCCAACACCCUCAGCUGCCACCCGUUGUCGGGGGAAUGUGCCUGCGCCGCGGGAUGGGCGGGGCUGUUCUGCAACGAGACCUGUCCGUCUGGUUACUAUGGCGAGGGCUGCAAGGAGCCGUGCGUGUGUGCCAACGGGGCGGACUGCGAGGGUGUCACGGGGGCCUGCGUCUGUGCCCCCGGGUACAUGGGGGAUGACUGCUCUGUGGCGUGUCCUGCCGGGACGUAUGGGACCAACUGCUCCUCUCGCUGCUCCUGCCACAACGAGAUCGCCUGCUCCCACAUCGACGGAUCCUGCAUCUGCAGGGAAGGUUGGCUCGGUGUGGACUGCACCUUACCGUGCCCCAGUGGUAGCUGGGGUCUGAGCUGUAACCAAACCUGUCUCUGUUCCAAUGGCGCCGCCUGCGACCCGGUCAACGGCACCUGUACCUGCAGCCCCGGGUGGAGGAGCGAGUACUGCGAUGCCCCCUGUCCUGAGGGCAGUUAUGGAGAGCAGUGUCGGGAACGGUGUGACUGUAUCCAUGCCGACGGCUGCGACCCGGUGAGCGGCUACUGUCGCUGUCUGGCCGGCUGGACUGGUAUUCACUGUGACAAUGUGUGUGAGGAGGGUCGGUGGGGUCCGGGCUGCUCCUAUACCUGCUCCUGUGAGAACGGAGGCUCCUGCUCCCCUGAAGAAGGCACAUGUGUGUGUGCCCCUGGAUACCGAGGCACUUCCUGCAGACGCACGUGUUCACCAGGGUUCUACGGCCAGCGCUGUAGCCAGUCCUGUCCCCAGUGCCUCCAUAGUGAUGGUCUGUGUCACCACAUCACCGGGCACUGUGAAUGUCUGUCUGGAUUUUUUGGUUCCCUGUGUAACCAAGUGUGUCCGAGCGGCAGGUUUGGUAAAGGCUGUGCACAGGAGUGUACGUGCUCCAACAACAGUACCUGCAACCCCAUCGAUGGAUCGUGUCAGUGCUAUCCCGGAUGGAUCGGGGAGGACUGCUCCAAGGAGUGUCCGCAGGGUUCCUGGGGUCCAGACUGUAUCCAUACCUGUAACUGUCACAACGGGGCCAAGUGCAGCGCUGUGGACGGAGAAUGUAGCUGUGGUGCCGGCUGGGGCGGACUCUUCUGUACACAACGUUGUAGUUCUGGGUUUUUUGGAACAGACUGCGCUGAAGUGUGUCGCUGUCAGAAUGGAGCGGACUGCGACCACAUCACUGGUCAGUGUUCUUGUCGGACUGGGUUCAUCGGGCAUAGCUGUGAACUCAAGUGUCCUCCAGGUACAUUUGGCUACGGCUGUCAGCAGCUGUGUGAGUGCAUGAACAAUGCCACCUGUGACUACGUCACUGGAACCUGCUACUGCAGCAUCGGAUACAAAGGCAUUCGCUGUGACCAAGCUGCUCUGAUGAUGGAGGAGCUGAAUCCUUUCACCAAGAUCAGCCCAGGGUUGGCGUCAGAGCGCCAGUCAGCGGGCGUCGUCAUGGGCGUCCUCCUCCUGCUCCUUUUCGUCAUGACGAUGCUGGGCGUGGUCGUGUGGUGGCGUCAUCGGCAGAGGGAGAAGGGGGGCAACCACAUGCCCAGCGUCUCCUACACUCCUGCCCUCAGGAUCACCCCCCAAGACUACUCGCUCUCCGGUGAGACGCUACAGACGGCCCAACUUAGUAAUGGGCUGCAGUGUACUGGCUUGCUCUCCUCCCCAGAGUCAUCUCCCACCAACAGCACGGCCAGUCGAUGUUUCACCAACCCCUCAUACCACACACUGAGACCCUGCCUUCACGCUGGCCACUACGCCAAGCCCAACAGGAAGACCAGGGGAGCCAAGGUGAAGAAUAAAAGUUUGAACAGGAACAGCGCCCCAGAGUGGACAGCCUACUAUAACCUCAAUGAACUGGGUCUGUACUGUGUGGACCGGCGCUACAGCUCCUACCACGAGCAGUACUACAGAGACUAUACGAAGGGUUCCCUGUCCAGCACGUGUUCCCUGAGCAGCGAGAACCCCUACGCCACCAUCAACGACCCUCUGGCCCUGGCCUGCAAGCACUCGGAGAGCAGCUACGUGGAGAUGAAGAGUCCCGCUCACCACCAGAUGCCCUACUGCUCCUCCGCCAUCGUCACCACGGCCACGCACGCUGCCACCAAGAACGUCUACGACGUCGAACCCACGGUGAGUGUUCUCCAGGGUUCCAACGGCGCAGUGGUCCCCACGUACCCGCAGAACCCCUACGACCUGCCCAGGAACAGCCACAUCCCCAGCCACUACGACCUGCUUCCCCUGAGGCACAGCCAGAGCUACAGCCCCACACACCCCCAGGGGAACAGCCCGCCCCUGCCCGGCAGCCCAACCAGCUCCCUGCUAUAGACCCCCCCACCCCCCCGCAGGAUCUCAUGGAUCCUGAUGACCUAAGGGGUCACGACCCGGUCCACCGGGAAUUUGUAUAAUAGGCUCUGUCAUUUCGAUAUGACCGGUGCAACAUUCAGCGUGGUGGGCGUGUCGCCGGGAUACCCUCUAUGUAUUAGUUUGAAGAGGCAGAGGCAGACGCUGGGAGAUCAGGCAACUAGCGUGUACAGCCUGGCUCUGUGGACGACAUGCAUACACACGCACGCACACACACGCACACACACACAAAUGUUGUUGUUUUUUUUAGAACACACUGAACAUCAUGGACCUCUAAAUGGUCUCGCUGGGCUCAAUGGUUCUACCCCCCACUCGGAUAGGCUACCCAUAGAAAAGGACUGUCAACUAUUUUGGAAAAAAGAACUGCUCAUAGCGUUGCCCAAAACGGCGUUGGUUUAGAUCUGCCCUCUCUGUCAAGACAGUGAACUGGAUAAAUCAUUCAAGUCCGUCGUUGUGAGACUUGACUGGGGACCAACUGGGCCUGUUCCAUUGUAUAUUGAUAUAGCCGGCAUGGGCCACCAGUUCUGCCAAGGGUGAUGAAGAGGAGCCAAGAGGUGGAAGCAUCUGCAGACUUUUGACAUGGACACAAGUUCUCAGAUAAACCAGGCUCAUAUUCAUUAGGGCGCCAGAGAGGAAGACAUUUUUGCCACGGCGUGUGCUAAUGAAUAGGACCUGUGAUUAUACAGUAUAUAUUUAAACAAAAGUAACCUUACAACUCACAGACCAGAUGGACACAGUACAUGUACAGUGAAUGUAAAAAGUCUACAGACCCCUGUUAAAAUGCCAGGUUCUUGUGAUGUAAAAG